CGGUAACCCCGGUCGCGUGGUGCACGGCGGCUGCGUGCGUGCUGACGUCAGACGGCAGUAGGUGCCGCCGGCUUGGCUAUCCGCCCGCCAUCUUGGCCUGCUCCGUGUGGAAGGUCUCGGUUCCUUUGGCCUCGAAGUGAGAAGGCAAUUUUGGAUUCAAUGAACUGAAAUGUCGGAAAAGUCAGGGCAGAGCACAAAGGCAAAGGACGGAAAAACAAAAUAUGCAACACUUAGUCUAUUUAACACUUAUAAAGGGAAAACUCUGGAAACACAGAAAGCUGCAGUUACAGCUCGCCAUGGGCUACAGAGUCUUGGGAAAGUUGCCAUUUCAAGGAGGAUGCCACCUCCUGCCAACCUUCCAAGUCUUAAAGCAGAGAACAAAGGCAAUGAUCCUAACAUAAACAUUGUGCCUAAGGAUGGCACAGGAUGGGCUUCUAAACCAGAGCAGCAAGAAGAAGAAAAACCACCAGAAGUGCCACAAACUGAGCCAAAGCCUGCAGUUCCUGCUCCUCCAGAAGCUCCUCCUGUUGCCAAGUCAUGGGCCAAUACCAAGCAAGGUGGGCAAGGUGAUGGUCCUGGAGUUCAGAUAAACAGCUAUUUUCAGCAAGAGUUUCCUAGUCUACAGGCAGCUGGAGACCAAGAAAAAACAAAUAAAGAUAAGGAUGCAGCUGAAGAGCCUUAUGGUCCUGGACCCAGUUUACGACCACAAAAUGUUGCUAGUUGGAGAGAAGGUGGAGGCAAGAAUUUGAACUCUCCAAACGCUCCACCUGAUGAAGAAGCAAAACCUCUUACUCAAGAAGAUGGCAGUGUGGUUGCACCAAUUGAGCAGAACGAUGGUCUUAAGAUACCAGAAAAGAGGGAAACAAGGGUAAUACAGCCUCCUCAGCCAAAGUUGAAUGGACAACAGCCUGGGCUCAUAUCUCAGUACAGAGCAAUCAUACCUCCCUAUAUGUUUAAUCAGUACCCUAAACUAGCAUAUCCUCAAAUGCCUGGCCCUAGCAGGUUCCCUACUCCAUCUGAGCCCAGCAGAGGAUUAAGGGGAAGAGGACCCUCUUCACGGAGUUCAGAGGCUGUAGAACGUCCGUCCAUCUUAAGUGCCAAUGAACUAAAAGAACUUGACAAGUUUGAUAAUUUGGAUGCUGAAGCUGAUGAGGGCUGGGCUGGAGCACAAAGUGAGGUAGAUUACAGUGAACAGUUGAAUUUCAGUGAUGAUGAUGAACAAGGAAGUAAUCAGAAAGAACAUCAUAACAGUAAUGAACCUACAAAAGAUUUGGAGGAGAAAAAUGGAGAACAUAAAUCAUCACUCACUUUGCAAUCAAUUGGCACAAAAGGCCCCUGUAAUCAAAGUUGUCCAUCUGACCAGCAGGGGCAGGUAUCAUCUUCGAUGCUUGAGCGGGGCACUACUGGGCUUCAUUCAAAAUCUGUCCUUCAGCCUCCAGUUCCAGAUCGAUUGACAGGGUCAGGAAGACAAGGUCCCUUUCCACCUAGAUCAGCAGCAGAUGAAGAUGAAAUUUGGAAGCAGAGGCGAAGACAGCAAGCAGAAAUAUCUUCAGCAGUAGAACGAGCUCGAAAAAGGCGAGAAGAAGAGGAACGAAGAAUGGAAGAGCAAAGAAAAGCAGCAUGUGCGGAGAAGCUAAAAAAAUUAAAUGAAAAAUUUGGAUGUGUAGCAAAACCACCUCGGGAAGAUCCAUUUAAGGAAAAAGAAAAGGUCAAGGAGAAGGAAAUUGAAGAUGAGAGGAGGAAAGCAAAUGAAAAGGAGAUAGGCGAAGUGGUACCAAUUGAGAGAAAGGAAGAAGAAAGCCAAAAGAAGGAAAAAGAACCUGAGAGGGAGCCGGAAAAGGAAAAAGAACCUGAGAGGGAGACUGAGAUGGAGAAAGAAAGUGAAAGGGAAGAAAAAGAAAUAUCUGAAGAGAAACCUAUACCUGAACUAUCUGAGCCUCAAGAACCAGUCACCCUGCCUCUGAAAGUAGAGAAACCAGAAGAAAAUGAAACCAACACUGAUGAGGGGAGAGAAUGUCAGGCUGUUUCCGCUACACAAGAGAGCAAUCAUAAUGAGAGAGAAAGUUUUCAUGAAAGCGAGACCGAUUCUGGUGCGCACACUCGUCCUGCUCUUUCUUCUGGCUAUUCAAAACAGUUUCAGAAAUCAUUACCACCAAGAUUUCAAAGGCAACAGGAGCAGAUGAAACAGCAGCAGUGGCAGCAGCAGCAAGGAGUCAUGCCACAGUCUACACCACAGCCUUCUGGUAGCCCUGUUCCACCCCCAGCGCACAGACCACUGUAUCAGCCCAUGCAGCCACAUCCCCCACAUUUGGCUUCUGUGGGCUUUGAUCCACGAUGGCUAAUGAUGCAGUCAUAUGUUGAUCCACGAAUCAUAUCAGGAAGACCUGCUAUGGAGAUGCCACCCAUGCACCCAGGAAUUAUAACUCCUAAGCCACUUCUGAGAAGGGAUCAGGUAGAAGGAGCAGGAACUGGUUCAGAUUCUUUUGAUCAUGUCACUCGACCAGCAAGGGAAAAUACUAUACCACAAUCGGAGCCACACAUGAUGUGGGGAUCAGAUUCCUACCCUCACACAGAGCCUCCAGAGACUUCUGCACUACCAAACCUCCUAGAAGAAUCUGAAGAUACAAGGCCCAGAGCAGUUCUGGAUCAAGAACAAAUGCCUAUUCAAGUAGUUUACUCAGAACAGAGUCAGUUGGACUCCCACACAAAGACAGAUUGUUUCAAAGAACCUGGUAAAGUAAAUGUACCAAAGUCCUCAGAAGAACCUUCUUGCCAAACUGACACACUCACUCCGUCAAUCGACUUUGAAGCAACUGUUGAAAAUGUCUUGCAAAUCUCCCAGGAGGAGCAAGUGUCUAAAGAAGAGAAUAAUUCUUUCCCGAGGAAGAGCUUUUCUUAUGAGUCUAGCCAUUCUUUGAAGUCAGAAGAGCAAGAUAUUGAUAUACUGGCAAAUGUUAUCAAAGCAAACAGCAGGCAUAUUGAGCCCAAAGAAGCAAUAGUUGAAAGAGUGGAUAACAAACUGAAAAAAGAAGGAUUUACCAGUAAUAGAUUGUCAGAAGGCCCCAAACUGGAAAAACCUUUCAAACCUAAAUCUGAAACUCGGUGGGGUCCAAGACCAGGUUAUGGCAGAAGAGAGGAUGGUAGUGAUAGGCCAGUAAGAAGAUCUGGUCCUAUUAAAAAGCCCAUCCUUCGAGAUAUGAAAGAAGAGCGUGAACAACGAGAAGAACGUGAGCAGAAAAGAGAAAGAGGAGGGGGGAAACUGACAAAUGAGAGAUUUAACAAGAAUGAGAAAAGGGAACAAGCUCCACUGCCAUCUCUUAGGUUAGAACCGGAGAAGACUAUUACAGGUGACAAAAAGGCAUUGCAAGGCACACCACAAACUUCAGAAUCUGCAAACAGUUCGAUGGAGUCUGGAACUACAGUUGCACCUUCUGGGCAGCAGUCCCCUGUUGUCCAGGAAUCAACAGUGAUAGCACCUGUGGUGCAACAUCCCACUACAACCCAAGCACCCCCACCUGCAGUUCCACAACCACCUAGUCCACAAAUUGCAGUUGAACCCCCAUCUCUUACUGUCCAACAGUUACCUGUUCAUCACUCUGUCAAUGCAGUGAAGGAAGAAAAACAGCCAGAGAAAGUAAUCAACAAAGAAAAACCUGCCGAGAGACCUCAUAUAGAAACCAGACCUGUGAAAAGAGAAUCUGGGUUGCCUCCCAGAACAUACUGGAAAGAAGCUAGAGAUAGAGACUGGUUCCCAGAUCAGGGAUACAGAGGUAGAGGACGUGGCGAGUAUUAUUCUAGGGGCCGCAGCUAUAGAGGUUCUUAUGGAGGCAGGGGUAGAGGUGGUAGAGGACACAACAGAGACUAUCCACAUUACAGAGACCCCAAGCCCAGAGUGGAGCAUGUGCCUUCUGGUCCUCUCAGACAGAGAGAAGAGAGUGAAACUCGUAGUGAGAGCUCUGAUUUUGAAGUAGUUCCUAAACGGCGAAGGCAGAGAGGCUCAGAAACUGAUUCUGACAGUGAAGUACAUGAAAGUGACACCCUUCUUUCAGACAAAGACAGUUUAAGCAAAAGUAAACAUCCCAAAAGAGAUGAAAAAGCCGAUGUCAAAAAGCCUGCAAAAACCUUACUAUCUUUCAAACCUGAAAAUAAUGUUCAAGAGGAAAGUAGAAUUCUAGAUAAAACUUAUGGGAAGGAUGAUGAGAAUAAGCCCAAACCAGGUUUUCUUCCUAAAGGAGAACCUUCUCGAUUUGGAAGAGGAGGAAUGUUUAGACGUGGGAGUAGAGAGCCAGUUAGCCGUCCAUCUCGGGCAUCUACUCUUAGGAAACCAGGAUACAGAGAGAAUCAGUGGAACUCCAGACAAACAGAAAUCACCAAAGCUGAAGAUAUAGACUCACAAGGAAGGCAUGGACAUUGUGGUUCUAUACCUCUAGACAAAAGACAACCCAUAAAGUUUGAAAGGAAAUUCGAUCCUACUAGGGAAAGGCCUCGGAGACAAAGGCCGGCGAGACCUCCCAGACAAGAUAAACCACCACGCUUUAGACGUCUAAAGGAAAGAGAGGCAGCAUCAAAAAUAAAUGAAGCCACAACUAGUUCAUCAUCAAGUGCUGUGGUGAGCAAUGCUCUUAGUGAACAGCCAAACACUACGUUGGAUAUUUCAGGAAUCAAGACACCAGACCUAUCCAAUCAGAACUCUUCAGACCAGGCAAAUGAAGAAUGGGAAACUGCUUCAGAAAGCAGUGAUUUCAAUGAGAGGCGUGAAAGAGAUGAGAAGAAAUUAGCAGAUGUCAUGGCACAGGUAACUGUUAAAGCUGGAGAAAGUACGUUAACUCCCAAAAGAGAAAUUGCCAAGAGAAGUUUUUCCAGUCAGCGACCAGGGAUAGAUCGGCAGAACCGUCGUGGCAAUAGUGGACCACCCAAAUCUGGACGUAACUUUUCAGGACCAAGAAAUGAUAGGAGAAGUGGUCCUCCAACAAGAAGUGGGAAAAAAGGACCAUUUGAAGAACAGACACCAGUAAUGAUUAACGCUGAGCUAGUCAACAACAGUUUGCAUCAGGAAGAAAGUACUGCUGCAUUAAAAGGUUCUAAAGAUUCCAACAACAAGAAGCGAGAAGAACCCAAAGCUGGUCCAAAGAAGCCCAAGGAGAAAGUGGAUGCAAUCUCACAGUUUGACCUUAAUAACUAUGCAAGUGUUGUCAUUAUUGAUGACCAUCCUGAGGUAACAGUAGUUGAGGAUUCCCAGUCCAAUUUGAAUAAUGAUGGUUUUACUGAAGUAGUAUCAAAAAAGCAACAAAAACGCUUGCAAGAUGAGGAACGAAGAAAGAAAGAGGAACAAACAGUACAGGUUUGGACAAAGAAGAGUUCAAAUGAAAAAGGAAGAUGUUCAAAUUCCAAGCUGCCACCCAGGUUUGCCAAGAAACAACAGCAAGCAGCUGCAGCCGCAGCUGCAGCUGCCCAACAGGUUCAAGCACAGCCACAGCCACAGCCACAGAUACCAUUACAGUGUGUAUCUCAGGUUCCAAGUCCACAGGCUACAGUUCAGCCGCAAACACAGGCAACCUGUCCAGUGAGCAACAGCACAGAAUACACUGCAAUAAGCAAAAGUCUGCAGGAUACAUCUUCUCAUGUAGGAACGGAACUGUGGGAUAAUAAAGUUCCAGCUACAACAGUUCUUGGUGAUAUCUCUAAAAAAUUGGGACCCAUUAGUCCUCCACAGCCUCCUUCAGUAAGUGCAUGGAACAAACCUUUGACAUCAUUUGGAUCACCUACAUCUUCAGAAGGAACGACAGCUGGCCAGGAGAGUGGAAAUGAUUUGGGAAUAGAAACUAUUCAGUUUGGAGCUCCAGCAUCUAGUGGAAGUGAUAAUGAGGUUGGUCCAGUUUCAGAGAAACCUUCUGAGAAGCUUCUUGAACCAAAAGAGCAAAGGCAAAAGCAGCCUCGGGCAGGCCCAAUAAAGGCACAGAAGCUUCCAGACAUGAGCCCAGUAGAAAAUAAAGAAUAUAAGCCAGGUCCCAUUGGGAAAGAACGGUCGCUAAAGAACAAAAAAGUAAAAGAGGCUCAGCAAGGCAACUGUGAGGUACAAGAGAAAUCCAGUCCUCCUACAGUCCAAAGUCCAGAACCUAUUCCUUCAAAAGAAACCAGUGCAGCUGCUGAGCUUGGUACUGAAAUGGGAACAAUGAUGUCUGUAUCUGCUCCAGAAUUUGAAGCAGCCCAGAAGAUGGAAUCUGCUCGCAAAGCAUGGGAGAAUUCACCAAAUGUGACAGAAAAGAAUUCACCAGUGACUUCAGCAGCUUCUCCUGUUACUGGUGGCAAUAGUAGUGGAAGUGGAGUUGGGAACAGCAAUAGUAGCAGUGGACCAACAACCAGUGGUACAUACAGUUCUUUCUCAAGUGCAUCGAUGCCUCCUAUUCCUGUGGCUUCAGUUACACCUACAACAUCGUUGUCAGGAGCUGGAACAUACACCACCUCUUCUCUUAGCACAAAAACCACUACCACUUCUGACCCACCCAAUAUCUGCAAAGUGAAGCCACAGCAGUUACAGACAAGUAAUUUGACAUCCGCCAGUCACUUCUCCCAGCUGAAUUGUAUGCCAUCGCUAAUUGCCCAGCAACAGCAGAGUCAGCAGGUCUAUGUAUCCCAGUCAGCAGCAGCUCAAAUUCCAGCUUUUUAUAUGGAUACAAGUCAUAUUUUCAACACUCAGCAUGCACGCCUUGCUCCACCUUCACUGGCUCAACAACAAGGAUUUCAACCAGGACUCUCGCAGCCUACUUCAGUACAGCAAAUCCCAAUCCCAAUAUAUGCCCCUCUGCAAGGCCAGCAUCAAGCUCAGUUGAGUUUAGGAGCAGCCCCAGCUGUGUCCCAGACUCAGGAAUUAUUUAACUCUUCAUUGCAACCCUAUAGAUCACAACAGGCAUUUAUGCAAAGUGGCUUGUCUCAGCCCUCACCAGUUGUUCUUUCUGGCACAACCUUGCACAACUUCCCAACAGUGCAGCAUCAAGAGCUUGCUAAGGCACAGACAACCCUUGCAUUUCAACAGACAUCUAAUACUCAGCCUAUUCCUAUCCUGUAUGAACAUCAGUUGGGUCAACCUUCAGCACUAGGAGGCUCCCAGCUUAUUGAUACGCAUCUGCUCCAGGUCAGAGAGCCAGACCUCCUCAGGAAGGCCAGAGCUACUCUUACACAGGCCUCAAAUUUAUAUUCUGGACAAGUUCAACAACCCGGUCAAACUAGCUUUUACAACACUGCUCAGUCUCCCAGUGCUCUCCAGCAGGUAAACUAUGGCACGGUGACAGUACCUAUACCUGGAUCACAACUUUCUUUGCCGAACUUUGCAUCAGCAGGGCAGCCUUUAAUUGCUCUUCCACAAUCCCUUCAACCUCCCUUGCAGCACACAGCACCACAGCCUCAGCCACAGAGUCUGGGUCGGCCAUCUCAAGUAGGCCAACCUUUCAGAGGGCUAAUUCCAGCUGGAACUCAGCAUAAUAUUAUAACUGGAAAGAUGUCAGAAAUGGAUCUAAAGGCCUAUGGAAGUGUUAUUGAUAAGCCAGGCACGCCUCCAGUUUCUGGACGAAGCACCACUCCAACAUCCAGCCCAUUCCGGAAAUAUGAAGACAGAAUGGCUGCACACUUGACCAAUUUCCAUUUAUUUCAGCAGAACUUGCACAGGGCUGCUUCGACAAGUCCGAACAAUCAGUCCAAUAAAAUGAAUACCAUCAUCUACCAAAAGCAAUUUCAAUCAGCGGCUGUGAGAAUGGCCCAGCCCUUUCCUCCUCAGUUCACACCACAGAUCCUCUCUCAGCCUAACCUGGUCCCUCCAUUGGUCAGAGCCCCACAUACUAACACCUUCCCAGCGCCUGUUCAGAGGCCGCCAGUGGCACUUGUUAGUCAGAUGCCACAUCAGAUGACCACAGGCCUUUUGAGCCACCCUCGAUUGCCACAUGUGGCCAGGGGUCCUUGUGGAUCACUCUCUGGAGUCAGAGGCAAUCAGGCCCAGGCUGCGAUGAAGGCUGAACAAGACAUAAAGGCAAAACAGAGAGCAGAGGUCCUUCAGUCCACACAGCGAUUUUUCUCGGAGCAGCAACAGAGCAAGCCAACAGGAGGCAAAAUACAGAAAGUGCUUGACGACGGGAAUAAAGGUCCUGAAGGAGCGUCAGACUCCUCCACAGUGUGUCAGGACAAGGUAGACGAGAAGCCGAAUCCUGCACCAACAGCCGCCUCCAAGCCUGUUAGAACUGGACCAAUCAAGCCUCAGGCCAUCAAGACAGAAGAAACGAAGUCUUAGAGCAAUGACCAUUACGCUGAUACGGGGAGUGAAGUGACAGCCGGCAAAACCUGUCAUGCCUAAGGGCAAGGCAUGUCCCUUCAAGGCCGUGAGUGGCAUAAAAAAGUGCAGAUGAGAGCAGCUACAGGCUCUAAUGAGGAUGUUGGAGCAUGUAGUUUCUAUGCCACUGCAUGACAGAGCGUUAUCUUUUUGAAUAGAGGCACCUCUCUGCUUUUUAAAAUGAGAAAUAAUGCUCCCGAGGCGGCAUCUUAGAUGAAGGGAAACACUUUGCUGUUUAUUUGCUGCUGUUUCAUUUUGGUAAGAGCAACAAAUUAAGAUAAGGCCUUGUUGGACACAACUAGGUUUGGCUUUACGUUACUGGGGGAACUAACAGGAUGUUGAUCUUUAAAUAAUGAACCAAGAGAAUUUGCAGCAAUUGGUAAGUCACACAGAACAACUUAAUUACACACACUUUUCCUCCAUACAGACACGCCAUUUCAUUCUGUGUGUGUUCUGUACCAGACUUCCCAAAAAGGCUGCUACUAUAGUUUGAUAUGGUGCUGAAAAUGUAAAAAUAAACAAAAUCCUAAUUGACCCUCCCCCUUCCCGAAUAUAUUACUCUUAUACCAGAAGUGCAGACUAAGAAGGCUCUUUCUAGGAGUUACAUUGGCAGUCAUAUUGAGAUAUGGCUAAAUAGUAGGGGGAGUGGGUGGUGAACGCUUUUUGCCUUCAAACAGUAUUCUGCUUAUGUCUGUAUCGAGCAACAAGCAUUUGACCUUGUGCCGUAAGAAGAGCAUUCUCUCUAAAGUGGCACAUUCUAAUAGCAAAGCUGCAUCACACUUCCUUCUCGCUCACUGUGUGCUGGGAAAUAGAAUCAAGUCAAAUAAUGCCUUCUUAAUUGUAUCCUUCUAGUAGUAUAGGUGUAGGAGAGUACUGUAUGAUAACUUCUGUGAAUGUAAAAUAUCCCAUACCUGCUUAUGAUAUGUAGUUGUGACUGUGCUAUCGCAGAGCUGUUUAAUGAUGUUACUCUAGACUUUUCAAGCCACGAUCGGUUGUUAUCAAGAGAGUCAGUGCCACAAAACCAGAUGCAGAACUUUUUUCUUUGAGAAUUCCAUGUUCCUUCUCUUUCCUGGAAUAAAGAGUAAGAUAAAAGUCUAAUCUGUAUAAUUUUGCUCAGAUGAUGGCAGAAGCUAGAAAGGUCUGUUGCUGCUAUUGAUACCUAGUGAAAUGCUGUUCGUUAUUUUUUUUUAUAUAUAAAUAUUAUAAUUUGAAUUUUUGGAAUUUUAGCUGUGAUGUCAGCUUUGGGGAAGAGGUAUCCACUUGUACUGUGAGUUGGCAUUGUACAGAAAUUAACAGCCAUAUUGGUCUAGAAAUGUUUAAACCUUUUCAUUUGUACAGGGAUAAUGCACUGUAUUAAAUAUGUAUGGUCUUAUUUACAUGGGUUUGAUUACAGAAACUAAUAAAAUAUUCUCUACAUAAA